AUGGGUGACGCAGAGGCUCUCACUCAGGUGGUGCUGCCCGUGGCCUACCAGUUCAACCCACAGCUGGUCCUGGUCACUGCCAGCCUUGAUGUUGGUUGCCGCGUGAGUCCUGGUUGCUGUGGACAUAUGAUGGCCCUUCUGUCUGGCCUGGCCGAGGGCCGCAUAGUUCUGGCACUGGAGGGCGGCUUCAACCUCACCACCAUCAGCUACUGCAUGACGCUGUGUGCCAAGGCCUUGCUGGGGGAUCUGCUGCCCCCCCUUGAGCCCCAGCUGGUGCCCAACAAGAGUGCCCCGCUACUGGCUGGCGCUCUGCUUCAAGCUCGCCUCGUCUCAGACGACAACGCCCACCGCCCCGUGUUCCCCGACUGCCAGUCCUACGACGACAUCCACGUGACGGAGAACGUGACGGCUGGCAGCCCCGUCCUCCUGCGCCUGGACCGUGACGGCGAGGACAAAGAGUUCUUCCUGACGGUCAUCGCGAAGGACAGUGGCUUGCAGCCCAGCCAGACGUCGUGUUCCUUCAGGGUCGUGGUGGAGGACGUUAACGACAACCCGCCCGUGUUUGACCUGCCGCGGUACGAGCAGACGCUGGCCACAGACCACAACCCGGCCACCCCGGUGCUCAGGGUCUCCGCCUCUGACCGGGACACAGGUGAGAAUGCAAGAAUCAAUUACCACCUUGAGGGGCACCCGAACCACCUGGAGUUCUUCUACCUAGAGCCUCUGACAGGCGUUCUCACCCUAAAGCGACCUCUUCAACCGACUAUGGCCAACACCCAGAUCUUCCACGUGCGGGUGCGAGCGGUGGGAGGCACGCCGUCCCUGUGGUCCACGGCGCCAGUCACGAUUAAGGUGGUGUCCUCGGGGGAGCUGCCGCCUACUGUGGUCGGCCACCCCUGGCAGCCUGCCAUCCUGGAGAACACCACAGAGAACACGGAGGUGGUGGGAAGCAAAGGAGGCGUUUUGACAGAUGCUGUAACUCCAAAACUGAUAUGGCGAGGAUAG